CAUUAGUCUUUAAUAUUGCUAUAGUGAAGAACAAUAUUGUAGACUGUAAACUAUAAUAUCAAUUGUGUGUACAUUUAAUUAAAAUAAUAUAAAUUAAAUUAUGACUUCGUUACUUUCAUCUAUAAUAUUUCGUCUUAAACUGGCACAAGUAAUUCUUUCUUUUGGAAGUAUCAUACCAGUGUUCGCCGAAUUGCCUGUUACCUUUUCACAGUUCACUUCAGAUUUCACGUACUUAACGUUGUACAGUUACCUAGGAAUUGGUAUUAUCACUCUGGUGAGCUUAUGUAUAGCAGAACCAGUCUCUGAUAAAUUGGCCCUAUAUUCUUCGAGUUUGGCUGCGAUCCUGCACCUGAUAUCGGCAUUCUUUAUUAUUAAAGACGUAUUCAGCUACGACUCGCUAUGGGGACUGCGGAUCAUCAGUGGACUGUUCACCGGAGCGAACACCGUAGCCUACGGAUGGGAAGUGUUAUACGUGACAAAAUUUAUCCAUCACUGAUGACGCGAUGACGGCUCUCUACGCCGGAAAAAAGAAACAACAAUCGGUCAAAAAGUUAAUGUACUAAUAAUAGGUAUCUCUUUUGUCCUCUCCUAUAGGCUCUAUAUUAUUUAAUUCUCCGUCGCCAUAUUAUCGUAUAGCAUGUGUACAUAAGACAGAAUAAGCGUCGCUAUUGUAUUUGUACAGGAAUAUCAAUACAUAUAUAUAUAUAUAUAUUAUGAUAUAAAAAAUACUAUUUAUAAUAAUAUAAUAUAUUUUAACGAUUAACAUAAUUAUCUAUUAAUUUAUAUCAUUGAUAUCAUUGAUAUUAUAUAGCCGAUGCAGCAGACUUUGUUUUUCCCACAAGGAAUUGUUUGUAAAUUACGACGACUGUACGCCAUUGGCCGUGAAAACAAAAAUUGUGAGUUAAAAAUAUAUAAUAUGCCCUCAG